AUGGCCUCUGCCGUACCACCCAAUUUCUCCUGGGUAGCGCCCGGCCGGCUGGCAGGGAUGGCCAUGCCUCGGCACCCCACCCACUAUCAGUACAUGUACGAACACGGCAUCCGGCACCUGGUCUCGCUCACGGAGCGCAGCCCGCCUUACCACGACACUUGCCCCGGCAUCCAGCUGCACCGCGUCCGCAUCACAGACUUCUGCCCGCCGUCGCCGGAGCAGAUUCAGCAUUUCUUGCAGGUUGUGGAGGAUGCCAAUGCCAAGGGAGAGGCGGUGGCGGUGCAUUGCAUGCUGGGAUUUGGCCGAACUGGAACCAUGCUGGCCUGUUACCUCGUGAAGACCCAGAAGAUCACCGGCGUCGACGCCAUCCACAAAAUCCGCGAGAUGCGACCCGGCUCCAUCGAGACAGCCGACCAGGAGAAAGCCGUCGUCCAGUUCCACCACCGUGUCAAAUAGCCGUUCGCUUUUGUGAAAAGGGACACGG